AUGAGUGACAAGAAAUCCAGACAUGUUAUCUAUAAGAAAACAUCCCGUGAUAAAGCGGUAUGGCUCUUACAGUAAAUAUGAACACGUGGCAAUUUAUAAAAGAAAAACUAUAUCUACCAGUUUGAUGUAGAUGAACAGGACAAGCUGUAUCCAUAUUUUAUACAUACUGAUUUGAGCAUGCUGUAUGUCGUAUAUUAGUUGGAUUCCAUCUAUGGUUUUCUUGCAAUGCCAAGAAAGAUACCACCUAGGAAGAGGUCAUAACAUAGAUCUUGGCUGCUUCUAUGACUCCUGUAGAUGAAACAUGCCACUUCCUAUUUAAUGUUCUCUUCGAAAUUCUACUUUGGCAGAAAAUCACAGUUGUUCACCAAUUAAUAAAAUAUCAGGAAUUCACAUAGGGAUUGCAAAUGGAGGCCAAAAUAGCCAAGUUGAAAUUCUUUUGAGAAUUAAAGUAUUUUGUCCUACAAUUUGCAGUUCCUGACAUAUUUCUAACAACUGAUGGAUUGAUAAAUAACCUGGAAUUGUUUUAAACCUUUAGAUUCUGAUUAGGUUUAUGAAGGUUUUUCUUUUUUUGGUUGAACAUUUUUUCUACAUUUAAUGUAAAUGCAUUUCAGAUCUACUUCUGGAUACAUGUAAUCACUUCUGCACCAGUCUUAAUUCCGUCCGCAUUAUACACAGAUGUUCACUUUUGUUCUUCUUUGUCUACACAGGUGAGUGUAUACCUGGGUAAACGAGAUUAUAUCGAUCACGUUGAAUCAGUGGAGCCAGUAGGUGAGUACCAAGUAAUGGGCAAAUAAUUUUUAUGAUAGUGCCAUCACCAUAAACGAGAGGGAGCGCUAAAAGUAACUUGCACCCAUACUAUAAGCUUCUCCAAUUAAAGGGAGGGUCCACAGGACAAGUCUGGCUGAUCUUUGGAAAUCCCUCCUAGCCAGUAUGGUAAAGUGACAGAGUAUGAUUGCCUAAUUUGUCUUAUGGUAGUGUAGGCCCGACUUGGGGCCCUCUGUGAAUUAACCUGCUUCCCCAGGAUGCCAAACAAGCAUAGCUUCACCAUAAAAGGAAAACCAGGUACUUAAGGUACAUGCACUAUACGAGUGAUAUUUAAUUUGAUGGGCAUGUCGUAUAUACAUAUACAUAUACAUUAUGCAGUAUAGUGUCAAUCAGUGCUAAAUGUCACAGGAAUAAAUAUUAUUUAUAAGCCAAUGAAACCUCCUAAUACAUAGCCUUAUAUAAUAAUAUACAAUAACACUGAUGCCAAACAAAAGCCUUAUAUUUAGCUUCUUAGAAAUGAUAGCAUACAUUUUAUAUUUUUGGUAAACUUUUAAAAUGAUUUAAUAUUACAUAUUAAAUCAUUUUAAAAGUGUAGUAUAUAUAUUAAGUUUAGAAUAUAUAUUGUCCAAAUAUCUCAAGGCAUAUAUUUGCAUUGUACAGUUUCAUAAUGAUGUAAGGCUUAAAAAGACACAAGCCCAGCACGUUUAGCCUGUCACAUAUCUUUUUAUCCUAGUGAUACAGUUAGGAUUAUAUUUCUUGCCAAGUUCCAAUAAGAACAUGUCAUACCGUAAAUGAAACAUUUAUCUUCUAACAUGUAGAAGUACGAAACAGAUUUUAAAUAUGUUGCGUUACACUUCUUUCCUUUAAUGUUCAUCUUUUUAAAAAUGUAUGUUAUUUUUCAUAGAUGGUGUUGUUCUAGUGGAUCCUGACCUUCUCAAGGGAAAAAAAGGUACAUGUUGUAAAAAUAUUAAAAAGCAAAAAAACAAACUAAAUUAAAAUUAUGCAUACAGUCAAAUUGAUGUUUUGCCUUAUUUACCAUUAUGUUAACCCUGGCAUAUGGGGUCAUUAUAUGAUCAAGUGAUACACAUUCAGGUCUCAAUUUGAUAAGCUUUCAAAAUAAUUCAAUACUGUUAGAAACGUUCCAAAUGAUUUGUGUACUAUAUUCUAAUAGAUUUUAAUGGUGACUUCUGUAGAGAAAUCAUUUGGAAAGUUAUUCGAACAGUAUUGAAUCACGUGGAAAGCUUAUUAAAUUAGGUCCUUAAUUGGAUAACACCAUGUUUAAUAUAUAGCUUUUAUAUUGUGAUGGUGUAUUAUGUCAAAACAAUAUUUACUUUGCUUGUAGUCACUGAAUUUGCAAAACCUAAACUACACAAUUUUGCAUGUUCUGCUUAUUAAACCUUUUUAUUAUGUAUAUAUUUUCAGUGUAUGUCACUGUGACCUGCGCAUUUCGCUAUGGUCAAGAAGAUAUUGAUGUCAUUGGGCUGACCUUUCGCAAAGACCUCUACUUUGCUCGAACUCAGGUUUAUCCACCAAUAGAAGACCCCAAAACUAUCACCAAGGUCCAGGAGCGGCUAAUGAAGAAGCUGGGGAACAAUGCCUAUCCCUUCUUGAUGCAGGUAAUGUCUAAUUUCACGAGGGGUAUACUUACGGAAAAAAAACUUACAUUAACAAGCUGUAAGUGUUCUACAAUAAUGCACAGUGUCUAUUAAACCACCGAGCUCCACAGUUUUACAACUAACAGCGAUAUACCGUUUGCACCAGUAUGGUUUCUAUUAAUUUCAAAAUAUAGUCAUACAGACUACAAACACAUUUGGUGUACAUUAGAAUUUAUGAAAUACUGCAAGGAUACCAAUAUUAAGGAAACCGUAAAACUUUUUACUAAUAAAAUCAUAAAGAUUUAAUUACUUAUACAUUAUACCCCCAUCGCUGACUCUGUUCUACAAAAUAGACCUCACCUAGCUUCCCUUACUGUGCAAUGCAUAGAAUAGAAUGUUGGUAGUGGUGGUUUCAUAGUCAACUACUAAAAUAUUAAGAAUUAAAAUAUUUAUUAGACACAUUCACCAUAUUCGCUUCCUCCUUCCUUCACAAUAGAUAAUUUGGGAACUCCGUUCCUCCUGCAAAUAUUGAAGGGGAACUGAGUUUUUCGUGAGUUUCCACUGCUCUAACAGCUCUGACAGAGCUCCAUAACAGUACACCCCUUAGUGGACUUUUUCUCUAAAUAACUUAGCCAAAUCCACGGGGAUCAAGUAGUUUCCAUAGUCUUGGUAAUGGUACAUCAUCACCAACCUCUGAUAUUCUAAAUAAUAAAAGUCCUUGUUUGGCCAAUUGGCCAUCAUAUCAUAUUCCCUGCUAUUGAGCUGCAACAUUUAAUUUAAUUUUUUUUUUUACUGCCUUUGAAUAUACAUCUCUUAUGCACUGUAUGUCUUUUUCAGUUCCCUGAUUAUCUUCCAUGUUCGGUGUCUCUCCAGCCAGCUCCCACAGAUGUGGGAAAGGUGAGAUUUAUCUUUUCACUUGUUUUUGCUUUUUUCUCUAUACCUUGAAAUCAAGUAGGGUUAUAAAAUUCUUAAACACUUUUUGCUGUAAUAGUGCCUAUUGUAUGCUCCACGUUGUACAGAAAUUGCAUACAAUAAGGGGUAGGCAAACUUUGGGACUCCAGAUGUUGUGGACCAAAUCUCUAUUAAUGCUCUUACAGCUGUAAUGCUGGCAAAGUAGAUGUAGUCCACAUUAUCGGGAGUGCCGAAGGUUGUUUACCCCUGCAUAGACCUUUGGCUUGACGAUUUAGAUGUUGGCUCAUCCUUGCUCAUUCCAUGGAAAUUUAAACAAUGGGAGUCAGACUCUGGAUAACAUCUUUGUUAGACUUCAUUCUCUCUCAUUCUAUCCACAUUUCAAGUAGAACCUUCACUGAUAAUUGAUAAAAUAACCCAUCAUGCACAGCCAGUCCUGCAUUGGUUUAAGAAUGACACUGAAUGUGAUAAUUGGGCAAGUGCCUGUUGUAGCCUUUGGAUAAUCACAAUGGAAAUUCUAAAGCCGAUUACAGGCUGGCAUGCUUUAAGUGUGGCUAUGGAAAGUACAGAAGCCAUUUGCCUGACUUAAUACUGUUCAAUUGCAUUUAUCUGUUUCUCCCAGGCCUGCGGUGUGGAUUUUGAAAUCAAAGCUUUUUCUGCAACCAACUUGGAAGAAAGAAUUCGCAAAAAGUGAGGACAUAAAAGCAACACACUAAAUAAGUAAUGCCUUCAAUGUCCUUUUAAGUUACAGGCUGCAAUACAUUCUCAUUUAAAGUGGUAACACUCUUUCUUAAAAGGAAAUUCCAUUUCCAAAUACAAAUAUAAAUAAGUUAAAAUAAUAAAAUACAUCACUAUUUAGUAGAUAUACCUCCAAUGAAAACAUGCAUGCAUUAAAUUGUGUAUUUUUACAUUGAGGGUAUAUGUAAAACAGCUAGCAAUAGCUGCAGAUCUCUUGUUUGCAGCCUUUACAAUCCCUAACCUUCUUCCCCAACCCAGACUUUCUGUGGUUCAAUCACAGACUUCCCAAUGCAACUUAUUGAGAAGUCUUUGCAAGGCAGGUGCUCUGGGCAAUUUCAGCCUCUUGAAUUUAGCUCCACUGAGCUAAACAACCAGGAAGCAUUAGGAACAGUUGUCUGACAGCCAUAGGGUAUAACAAGGUUAGCUUAUAAAAGUGCCAAUUUAUGUGGAAAUCUGCACUUUGUGUAAAAUGAAAAAGAGGACACACUCCUCACUUAUAAAACAUUUCAGCAAGCUAAAGUGCUUGGGGUGUUCCUUUAACAUUUUUUUUUACAGGGUCCCAACUUGUAAGCAAGCCAUGAGCAUCACUUAUAAAUUUAAUAAUAAUAUUAAUAAUAAUGUCAAUACAUUACAUUGGGUCUCCUUUACUUCUACAUGCAAAUUUGCCCAGUGAGGGAAGAUUAUCGAACCGGGACCCAAUUCUGCAUCCUGAGAUUAGUUCAUUCAUUAAUUAAAAAUGUAAAUUAAUUAAUAUAUGAAAGUGCAUUCUUUUGCAUACAAACAUGUAAGUACGUGGUUGCUUACCUUGAUAGAGUGGGGGUACAUUUAUUGGUUUUCAAAUGAAUAUGGAAAGAAUUUGUAGGAGAGUUAUGACAAAUGAGCAAAUUACAGAUCUAAUAAUUAAUGAUCCAGGCACACAUUAUAGAUUCAUGCACUGAACAAAGCUUGUCUAGGUCCUUAGAUUCCCUCAGAUAUAUAUUUUUGUAUUUCCAGAAAUUCUGUCCGUCUGUUGAUCCGCAAGAUCCAAUAUGCUCCUGACCAGCCAGGUCCCAGCCCCAGAGCAGAGACAUCUUGGCAAUUCUUUAUGUCUGACAAGCCUCUUCACCUGACUGCAAGUCUGACUAAGGAGGUGAGAGAGUCUCUAAAGUAGUGAUGGUCGUGAAUGACUUGCAGUUCAUUCAUAAUUGCACACUAAUGCAUUGGUCCUGUUUCAGGUGUUCUACCAUGGAGAACCUAUAUCAGUGGCUGUCACGGUGACCAACAACUCUGACAAGACAGUCAAGAAAAUAGCUGCAUCAGGUACUAUAUGAUGUGUACAAGUGUCAUUGUUCUAUCAUCUACAUGCAAACAGAAAUAUUAUAAAAAAGAAAUGAAAUGAAUAGGUUUUAAGAGAAAUACUAAACUUGUAUUGGCUAAAAAGGAGUCUUCAGAGUUUGCAGGCUUCUGGCAUAAUGUUCUAGAAUUCAAAACGGUAUUUAGCCUUCUACCUUCCACAAUGAAAAGGUGAGCAACACUGACACAGAGAAUUCAUGUGCAGAACAAUGUGCUAUAAAUUCUCAGUGUACCAGUCUCUGCGAUUAUCCUACCGUGAGAAUAUACGGGGUCAAAAUCUUUACAUAGACCUAAAGAAAAGCAUUGUACAUAAAGCUGGAGAAACAAAUUGAUUUUAAUAUGGUUACAUUGUCUCUCAUACUUGACAUCACAAGGCUCGAUGGAGAAUUGUCAUCCAUCAGGAAUUUAUUACGUUAUUCAAUUACUUAUUAUAUGAAACAUGGGGGGGUGGUUGCACUCACCUGAACAUGCUUAAAUGGGGUGCUGCUGGGGGCCAUAUUAUACAAUAAACAAUACACAAGAUUCAGCGCACUCUCCUAUCUACUAAACAGCAACUUCAAUGUUUGCAGAUUUUAUUAGUUUUUAAAAAAAGUUUUUUCUAAAGGUUUUUUUUUAAAAAAACACCUAAUCUAGGCAAAACGUAAUGGGGGUUUAGUUACAUGAUAUGAUCAUACAUUGCAUAAGCCUGCCACAACGUCAAUGUUCGCCACCCAAAGAUGGAUCUUGUGUAUUGUCAAUUACUUAUUAUUGCCCCUGAUCCAAGGGAUUGUCCUGCUAGAUAGGUUGAAACUCUUAUAAAGCCUGUCUGGAGAUGGAUGUGUUUGGCUUGUCAGAGACAAUGUCUUUCUUAGGGAUUUUUGGAACUGAUUAUUAUUUAACGGAUGAGAUUUAAGGAUGUAACCACAGUUAUUAGUACAAAUUAAGAAGACCGCACAUUUGUAGCAAUUAUUUUCUUUUGAAGUCUGUAACACUCAUUAAGACGUGUUUCUCUCUUCCGUACAGUGGAACAAGUUAGCAAUGUGGUGCUGUAUUCCAGUGAUUAUUACGUCAAGACUGUAGCUUUGGAUGAAUCAGAGUGAGUAUUCUUAGUAUGAGAAAUGGCAAUAAAUGAAUAAACUAUGCCCAUGUGCCAUGUUCUGAUUCCAUAUCUUGACAGAAUUUCGUGGAUGGUCCUAGAUUAUAAUAUAUAUGAAUGAUUGAUUUUACAAUCAUUCAUAUAUAUUAUAAUCUAGAACCAUCCACACAAGGUUACAUCCACGUUGUUGAGCGUCAUAACAGUGAUGCUAUAGAAGAGCUGCAUUCUCUUGUGUUAAACUUCACAGCAUUUAUUUUUAAGUCACAGGUUAAAUGUUGUGGCAACCAUUAAAAAGCACACAGUCAAAAAUGUCAAGCUUUGUAAGAGUAACAUAAGUUGUUGUUAUGGCAUUACAUAUGGAGGAGCCUUUUAUCAAGGUGCUUUCCAUAAUACCUGCUGGGUUCGAUGCUAAGGGUAGUUAGGACUGUUAGUUUAGGCCAGGGGUUCCCAACCCAGUCCUCAAGUACCCCAUAACAGCACAGGAUUUAGGGAUUACUCUGUUUUGUCAGUGUUUUUUUUCUGUCUUUCUGAAAAAAAAAAAAAACCUUAGGCACAACUGGGUAAUCCCUAAAUCCUGGACUGUUAGGGGGUACUUGAGGACUGCAUUGAGAAUCACUGGUUUUGGCAGUACCUGCACUGAGGGUGCCGUGGUUACUAAAAUCUAUCAUUCUCAGUCUGGAGAUGCUGUGGAGUACAAUGGUGAAUACAGAAACACCGAAUCCCUAGAGGGAAUGGACAUCCAGAAUUGAGCAGGUGAGGAAAAGUUCAAACUAAACUAUUUCUUCUGAUAAUAAAAUUGUCAGAACAGCAUAGUGACAGUAGCCACUGUACAGAGGGGACCAGAGAACGAGAUACAUGCAUUUUGUGCUUGCAAGGCACUUGCACAGAGACCUUUCGCUUGCAUAAAUAUCUUUCUCUUUACCCCAGUCUGGCUAUUGCUUCUUUGCUGCAUUGUUAAUUUUAUGACGAGAAGAAAACAAGCACGGGCUUUUACUUACCUGCUUACCUGAGUCUGGACAUCCACACUUGGAGGGUAAAACAUAAAUGUAUUUCGUCUUCAUAAAUUCUUUACUUAUUUUGCACAGCUUUGACUCCUUUACUGAAGUUAUUUAAGCAUUGCUGUGGAGUACAAAACAAGUAAUUAUGGCUCCACUCAAGGGUCACUUUCAUGAUGCUCAACAUUUUUCACAUUUAUCUUUAAAAUUCUUGUCCUCUCCUUCUGGUUACACUGAACAUGUGUGCUUUCAAAAUUAACAUCUCUGCCAUACUGUAACGGACCGUUUUGCACAAAAGGGGAAAAAAACGUUUAGGCGAUAAUCCCCUUUCAGAGACAGGCACAGCUACUGUAGAAUCACCAAAACUCACGAAUUGAAUACAAGUGAAUGCUCCAAACUCCCGAACGGCAUACAAGGGAAUGCUCCAAACACUCGAACUGCAUACAAGGGAAUGGUCCAAACACUCGAACUGCAUACAAGUGAAUGCUCCAAACUCUCCAACUGCAUACAAGUGAAUGCUCCAAACUCUCGAACUGCAUACAAGUGAAUGCUCCAAACUCCCGAACUGCAUACAAGUGAAUGCUCCAAACUCCCGAACGGCAUACAAGGGAAUAAGGUAGCACUCCAAAUACACGAACAGGAACCAUACGAAUUGCUGCUAACAGGCGAACAGGAAAAGCUCCCAAGCGGCUUACACUCCUGGCAAUCAGUCCUUAGCAGCAUACAGUAAAUCCCCCCAAGAACGAGACAAAGCUCUGUGUUGAGGGUCAAGCAGUGGUCUGUUUAAUGAGGGCUACCUGCCCGGCUUUUAUGCAGGUCUCCCACCUGGUGGACACUCCCCUAGGGGACCAAAUGGGAGACUGUGACAAGGGACAGACAAGUAUACAAAAAGGACACACAGUCACAGUAUAUUCCCAAAAUGCAUCCUGGCUUCCUCCCCUCUGCCCUGGGAGAUAAUUGGGAAGUAACUCAAUUAUCUCCCAAGUCAAAGGCAAAACUCCAUUACACACGUGGGAACACAAAACCAGCAUUAUACUUUAAAAUGCACAAAGUAACAUUUACUACAUAAAACACAGACAUGUAACAUAUCCCCAGAUAGCUCAGGUCUGAGUGCACAUUAUUAGGUGAAUGGCACUCAGACCACACGAAUGCAGUUUAAUCGCCAUGGAGCCAAAGUCUUUAAUUCCACGAAUAGGCUCCAUGGCAUAGCUAUCUGGGUUAAAACAUUCCUCCAACAUAAAAUACCGAAUUUACAUGCAUUCGUUCAAUCCGUGCGAAUUUGAACCAGGGGUUGGAGGUUCAGCGGUGCCUGCACGUAAAAGUGUCCGGGUUUGGUGCAUGAAAGCCGGGCAGACAAGCGCUGGCUGCCCGGGGAGCUCCAGAACACCGCCAUCGUGUGGCGGCUAAGUGUAACCGCGACCACCCAGUAACAAUCAAUUAAGCUGCGGUUAACCGCAGCUACUGGGUGGUCAAUUGUCGGCACACGCUCGUUAAGCCGCGGUUAACCGCGGCUUCAGGGAGGUAAAUGGAGGGCGCACUCCAGCUUCUGGGUGGCCAAUUAAGGUCGCCGGCCGGCUUCCCACGGCUCUGGGGAGGCUGAAAAGAGACUGUUUGUUUGGUAGAUGGAAUCUACCGAGCGGCUGUGCAGAAAGGGAGAAAUAAAUCCUUCUGCACAGUAAAAUUAACCCUUUAGCUGCCGGUCCAUAAUCCAAAGGCAGCAGGCGGGCAACCAGGCUCCUCCAAUGCAAUGUGGCGAGAUUGGUUUCGUCACAUCUCUCAACUUUUCCAAACAGACUAACAGGGUAUCUGACCUCCUGCCGGUCAGUGCCCUUGUUAGUCCAGCAGCCCACCCACAAAACAUAAUCAGCAGCACAGCCCACCCACAAUAAAUGGUUACUACACCUGGGUAAAGGAGAAGCUUGUCCAUGUCCAGGUGCCUCACCACGGCUGUGCUGGGUACGGGUACGCUGACUUGGUGGGUUGCUGCGUGGGCAGAGACCAGCGGCACUCUGCCCUGUUGCCAACGCUACUGGGAGGGUAGCCUGGUGGAAGCCUGGUUGUUGGAGGGGGAGACCGACUGUCUCCCCUUUAAAUACACCGCUCUGCUGCUGCUGCUGGAGACUGACUGUCUCCCCUUUAAAUACACCGCUCUGCUGCUGCUGCUGGAGACUGACUGUCUCCCCUUUAGAUGCACAGUCCUGCUGCUGGAGACCGACCGUCUCCCCUUUAGCUGCACAGUCCUGCUGCUGGAGACCGACCGUCUCCCCUUUGGUUACCCAUCUCUGCUGCUGGAGGGGGAGACUGAUUGUCGCCCCUUUGGCUAAACAGCCCUGUCGCUGGGGGGCAGGACCGACCGUCCCUACCCCCUGUGCUGGCAGUGUAGAGACUACGGUCCCAUCUGCACGGUUGUGGGGCUUACUGUCUCCCCUUUGUACAUUAAGCUGCAGCUGGGGAGAGGGGGUAACAAGCUCCUCUCCCAUACAAACUUCCAGCUGUGGGGGAGGGAGACCGACUGUCUCUGCUCCCAAUACAGAGUCCUGCUGCUGGGGGAAGGAGACUGGGCUCUCUAUUCCCGGUAGGACACUCUGCCGCUGGGGAAUGGAGACGGGGCUCCCAAUUCCCAAUGAUCUGUGCUGCCGCUGGGGAAUGGAGACUGGGCUCCCAAUUCCCAAAGCAUCAUACUGCCGCUGGGGAAUGGAGACUGGGCUCCCAAUUCCCAAAAAAUCACGCUGCCGCUGGGGAGGGAGGACACUGCUCCCCUCUCCCUGGACUUCCCACUGCCUUCCCGGCAUAUCACUUGGCUGCUGGGGGGCAGGAACAACUACCUCUGCCCACUGUAACUCAGCCUGCCGCUGGCAAAUCCGCUUGGUCCCAAGUCUGGCAUCCUCUGGGCGGCCACAGGGGUGGACAAGUCUGUUGUGGGGUACGGUUGGGGAGUAUGUGAGUGUGUGGUGUUGCACCGUCGUGUGUAUUAGAGUUGGUACAUGUCCUGCGUCUAUUUACGACGCCUGUAUGGUCUCUGUAGUGCUGUAGGAUAAUGGACCAUCGUCCCGGGUGUUUGACCGUGUGGCCCGGCCUGUAAGGGGGCUGGGUCUAUUCCGGGAGUUGUGUGACCCCUGGCAGGUGGGGAUUCCUGUGUCCUAUGCCUGUGGUGGUGUCGGGCUUUCCGUCUGCGGCGGCUCAGUCCGCUUCGCGUCUAUGUGUAUUUGUUAGUACUAUACGUAGUCCUUGGUCUGUUAUCUCCUAAGUGGCUAUGUACUCGGAGCGCUUGCUCCGUGCCUUUUUUUUUGUAGUGAGUAUGGGUCUCUGAGUGCGUGGAGCGGCGGUCCGUGCCCGGGCUGCCUCUUUUGUCCGUUAUCGGCUCAUGUGUGUUGACUGGUUUGUUUGAUGCCGGCUUGUGCGGGGCCUAGCUGUCUCAUGAGGUGGGGAUGCUUUGGCAUGGGGUGCCUUGUGAGUCAUAUCAGGCCUGUGGGGUUCCUUCGUUUGGUUUGGGUGUAGCUGUGAUUCACUAGCCCAUGGCUUGUCACCUGUUGCCGCAAGGUAUGGGACGUUGGUGGGGGUGUGAUAUGUCCGGGGGAGGGCCCCUAUGUCACCAAGCUUCAUUCGGUAGCUGUGUUGUCGUCAGAUACUUGCCUUGUGCAGGCUGUAGAACCUGGAUUGUUAUCUGGUGCGCUGCUCUGGAUCGACCUGGAGGCUGGUGUGAGUUAGUGUGUUUGGGUUUCUAGUGUGUGCCGAACAUCGCGCGUUUAUCUAUGAACAUCGUACAACGUGCCUUUCUGGCUCCUUGUUGUAUUGUUCCUGCUUACGUCUAACUAUUCGCUUUGUGUGACCGCUGUCCCUAUGCAUGCCUUUCCAGGUUCUCGUCCCCCAGAUGUGGGCGUCGAAUGUCCCUGGUGUGCGUGUGUGAUCCUACAUCGGCCUUUCUUGGCGGCUAGAUGGAGCCCUGGCUUCCUUCACCUUGAGCUGUGUCGUGUCCCUUCGCCUGGGGGUUUUGACUGUGUUUGCUCCUUUGUUCCCUCCCUCCCUUUUUUUGUUGUGGUUGUUGUUGUACAAAGAUACAGAUUUUUGUCGUCACUGUCUUUGUGUAUAUUUAUUUCUCUCCCUCCUCCCCCGACCUUUUAAUAUGGUUCCCUUCUCCCGUCCUUCUCUCUCCCUGUCGUUGUACUGCUGCUUGUUUUCUGUCUGUUCCCCCCCCCUACUCCCUGCUGUCCCCUCCCCCUGGUGCUCCCCCCCUUUUCCCCUUCCGCUUUCCUUUGUCUCUCCCCUCCCCUUCCCAUCUCGUUCCGUGGUUUUCCAUCUUACCCUUGCGGUUCAUGUGGAUCCAGUUUCUUAAAGAAGGGGGGAGUUUGAUCUGAUUUUUAGACCAAUUUAGCCAGCACUUGAUGGAUCUUAUACUCUACAAUUACUGGGUGCAAUAAGCUGUAGCUUUCUAGAUUAAGAACUGAGAUACAUAGAGGAAGUGUAUCAGAAAUACAAAAAUACGCAUAUAGUUUUAAUUGCUACAUUGCCACCGUAGAAACACUCUUUCAGUUCCAUUAAAGAUUGUAUUAGCAUGGACUUAACUACGUUCAUUGACAUAUAAUUUUGGUUACUUUUACUUUAUUUCCAGCAAAAGAGUGGCAUCCAAGGGCACCUACACGCACACCUUCUCUCUGCUUCCAAUACUGGCCUACAAUCGAGAGAAACGAGAAAUAGCCCUGGAUGGGAAACUCAAACAUGAAGACACCAACCUGGCCUCCAGCACGCUGUGAGUGGGUAUUAAUGGAAUUUAUCGUACUGUGAGGUGGUAAAUUCUAUAGCAUACAUUUCAAAGGACAAGAACAGAGUUGUUCUAGAAUAGAUAUGGCCUUCUUUCCAUUAAAGAGGUAAGGCAUAAUAUUUUAGAAUGGGCAUAGACUUCAAAAAAUGGGUCAUGGACACAUACAGGGACAAUGCCCUUCCAUCAUCCCAAAGUACCAUGCCAAUGGAGGGCAAUAUCAAUUUCAUUUAGUAUUAUUUAGAGGCCCUACAUCCCAACCCACCAAGUACCAUGCUUGGAAGCCAACUCCCCCGUCACUAAUUAUUCAUAGCUACCCCCCCUCCAACAUGCCAUACAUGAGAAUACUCCACACCACUCCAACGUACCAUGCAUGAGAAUACUCCACACCACUCCAACAUACCAUGCAUGGGAAUACUCCACACCAACUUACCAUGAUUGAGAAUACUCCACACCACUCCAACAUAAUACCAUGCAUGGGAAUACUCCACACUACUCCAACAUACCAUGAUUGAGAAUACUCCACACCACUCCAACAUACCAUGAUUAAGAAUACUCCACACCAAUCCAACGUACCAUGCAUGGGAAUACUCCACACCACUCCAACAUAUCAUGCAUAAGAAUACUUCAUAUAACCCAAGAACUUCAUCUAAAUAAGUGCGCAAUCACCUUCUCUUUUUUCAAUUCCUGUUUGUAAAUGUAAAUGAGUGACUAUACACUUAGGUGAUUUUUCUGUAUGCUGCACUAUUUUGAUUUGUGAUAUUAUAUUAUACUCCACACCACUCCAACGUACCAUGUAUGAGAAUGUUUAUAGGCGGAGGGGCAUAUUUUUGAAUUUAGUUAAAGUUGUUCAUUAUUUACACAUGCUUGGCUUUUAGCAGUAAACUUGGGUAUUGCCUGAUUUUAUGCAGCCAAUCAGAUUGAUCAGAACUAGAGCAAUGGUAAUGAAAAUGUGAAUAUAGGCGUUAUAUUGGACAUGAAGGAGUUAUUCUGAAUUUGUUACAUUGAAUAAAAUAUUUUUUAAAAAUUGUUCAGUAGAUUUCAAAGUAUGCAGUCUUCCAUUAUCUUAAGGUUGAGAACUUUUCACUUGUGCUCACAGUGUUUCAGAAAUGUACGAUACAUCUAUGUGCACCCAACUGCAGUAACUUAUACAUAGUCCUUCAGAGUCCGUUAAAUAUGGGUUUAUGUGAUCUAAUCUAAGGGAGUCAGUGUACCAAGGUCAGACUUUUCUAGUGGAAAUAAACAUUAAAUAAAAUAUAUUUAACUUCUAUGUUUCUCUCAACAGCUUGAAGGAGGGGAUUGAUCGUACUGUUAUGGGAAUCCUGGUAGAUUACAAGGUUAAAGUCACUCUCACUGUUUCUGGGUAGGUUACAAUUCUGUAUGAGCUGUGAAAAUGAAUGAUUCACUCCAUGAUUAUGCAGCAAUUGUUACAAAAAGAAUCAGCAUGCAUGAGUUAAUCUGAAUUAAUGCGCAUUAACUCAGAGAUUAAGAUUUGCACCCCAAUAUGGUGUGACUGUAGGCAGCAAGUCGUACAAUGUGUUCCUUAUAUAUUAUCCAAUUAAUCUACUUUUCACAGAAUCAUAUUAAAAUGUGCAAUUAUUGUUUUAAAAGAAAUCUGUCUUAAAAUAUUUAUAAAUAUAUGUGGUAUGUAUGAAAAGAUUUCAUAGCAAAGAUUUCUAUAUUCAAUGUAUGAGUAAUUGCAGGAAUCAAAGUAGGCAAAUUCAUUUUUUUUUUUAAAUGACAAUGUUUCUUUGUAGUUGAAGUUUAGUUUAAUAUAAUUUUUUUUGUCAUUAAUGACAGCCUGCUGGGUGAUAUGACUUCCAGGUAUGUUCUAAAUCACUAAGGUUUAUAGUAGCCAAACAUCUGGCGGCAUCAGAUGUGGACUGAUGUAUUUAAAUCUACUUCUUAAAAAUUAAUACUUCUUAUAAUCCCCAAUACAACUUGAAAGAGGUACACCACAGUCAUGGAAAUAAGCUUAGUAGCUUGUCAUAAAGGAUUUUCCAUUAGAAAGGCUACCUAUACCAUUAUCACAUUCGACUUGUUCCACGUACAGGGCAAUCAGUGAUACCCCUCAUCAGAGCUGAUUCCCCGCUAGAUACAGUGAGCAGUUUGGAUUGUCCCACUGUGGUUAAGUUACAAACUUGUUAAACCCUUUUCUGCUUAUUUCAUCAUAGGAUUGAUAAAUGUCUAUUGCUCACCGUAUCAAGAAAUCAUUUUAACAUGUUAUUUCUUCUCCACAGUGAGGUGUCUACAGAACUUCCUUUCAUCCUUAUGCAUCCUAAGCCAGAUGGAGGUAGUAAGCAAAUGUUCUUUUCAAAUACCCAGUAUGGGCAAAAUAUGUCAAUCUCUAAACUUUGUGUUUUACUAUAAUUUGACGUCUGCAUGGUACUCUGGCCAAAUAACAAACUGUUGGUAGUACACAUAUCAGGUCAGGAACCACCUAGGAGGUGUAGAAAUCCCACUAAUAUUCCAACAGCCUAUAUACUCUGAUUAUCUUGCAAAUAUACUCAUUGAUACAUGUACCAAUUUAUGAUGCCCUGGCUUUGGGCAUUAUAUAAGAAUAGUUAUGAAACAAUUACAAUCAAUUUCUGACGAAAAUGCAACAUGUUUCCAACAAUACUGACCUAAAUACAGCAACUGUUUAUAACAUGGAAAAACAGUCUUCACAUUUCCUAUUCAAUACAGUGGGGUGCAAUAACAGUAGAUCUAUUUUCUUUCUUUAAACUGGGGCUGAUCUACAUUAGCCAUCACAAUACAAUGACAGUAUAAUACAAUUUUAUUUAAAAUACCGUGCAUAUAUACAACUAAGGCAUCAUGAUUUAAAUUAAUUAUCCCCCAAUAUAACCCAUAAUUAAUUACUGAUUACAUUUAUGCUUAUUUAUAGAGAUUCUGCUGCAUAUAGACAUAUGGAGUUAAAAAAUUUCAUUUUUCUUUUCCCCGUUACCUGCGCUGCGUUGGUAUGAUGACAGCUAAGGAAAGGUGAGAAUUAAAUGCAAAUGGCAACAGUUUUGCCUUGUUUUGGUACACCUUACAAGCAUGCCUCUUAGGGACUCAGAUGCUUAUAUCCCUUUGUCUAUAUCUAGUAACUCUGAAUUGGGUGUGUAUAGCAGUAUGAUAGACAUGCCCAGCUUUGAAAUGACUGUGUGUUUGAUGGUAACCCCAACAGUGAAUAAGUCUAUAUUUUAAAACCUUUUAAAGAUAACCUGUCACAUUAGAAAUUCUAAACAGUCCAGUAGCAAGCUAGGAAUUAUAAUUUAAUGUAAUUCUAUUAAAGGUAACACUUGUAUUGUGCUAUUUUUCAGUUCCUGUUAGCAUAUCACACCGUGACGUGUCCAAAGCAAAGAUUUUUGCUGCCCUGGGCAAAAAAUAUUUUGCUGCCCCAUAUGCUUUGCUAAUGGUGUGACAUCACACAAACCAUUCCCCCCCCUCUCUUACACUAUGGUGAGACAUAAUGUUCCACCACACAAUCUCACUGGCACACACACACAAGUUCAUACUCACAAGCUAUUACACAUACAGGCUCACUACGCACAACUUCAGACACACAAAAGCUCACUACAAACAAGCUCACGUAUGUGUGCACAGACAAGGUAACUACAGGCAAGUUCACAAACCUAUAAAUACACAAUCUCACUGGCAUGCAUACAUUCACUGACACUCUGCAGGCUGUUUAGAGAAUAAACCCAAGUUUACCAUUGUUUCAGAAAGUAGACUGCAGCUGCGUUCAAAGUGCAGUGAAGAGCCUACUAGAACAAAUACUCUAGCCUACCACUUCUUUCCUUCAUCCUUGAUGCUUCCCUCUCACAUGUAUGUCCCCACACAGAGGGCAGGGAGCGGGAGCGCAUGGACACUGUGCCCUCGCGCUGGCUAAUGGAAUGGGUCGGAUGCAGUGUGGUGUGCACCCGGCGCCGGUGUCCAGAAGAUAGAGAUAGUGCAGCACUGUGUGAGUAACGACUGUGCGACGGCCAUUGGCGCCUGGCUGCCAUCCUGAUCCCAUCCUUCACUUUACUGGGUCUCAGGCCAGUUUUACCAUCCAUUACUGGUUAUGCAUGGGUGGUCCAGUCACCCAGACAUUUUAGCCGCUGGCCCACCAUGGGCAACCCCCCCAAGCGAACUGGGGGCCUAGGCCACUGCACACCCUGUACGGUGAAUGUGUGUGUGUGAAUUAACAGCAUGAAUGAAACAUUGCUCAGGUACCUCAACCAUGUAAAUGUUUUAGUCUGGUAAAAAUUUAAAUGUCACCAACUACCUCCUAUAGUAAUACUGGUGUUAGUUACUGCCAAAUGCAAUAUAGUUUUACAAGAACUAAACUUUUUAUAACCGAGCACGCAGACUAUACAUUUCAUUGAAUAAUGGGAGCAAUGAGUAAAGUAUAGGGAUCAUCAUAGUUUCUAAGCUUGUUUUAGUAGAGCCUUCUUCAACUCUUCCCCUUUCCAUAAUUGUAAAGCACAGGGGAAUAUGUUACUACGAAGAAUAAAAAAAGGAGGAGCUGUGAGGUAGUAACACAUCUCAAUGAGUAGUUGGGAAUUACAUAAUUUACUCCAGUCCUAUGCAUUUCCUUCAUUUUCCUUUGUUGAGCAGUGAGCAGGAAGAAGACAUGGUUUUCGAAGAUUUUGCCCGGGAAAAUCUCAAGGAUGAGUUGCAAACAGAAGACAAGGAGGAAGAGGACGAUGAUGAAAAAUGA